AUGAAUUGCGCGCGCACAUUUCAUGGCGACGCUGUCGUGCCGUAGUCCGUCAGUUAGACCACUGUCCUCCGUGAUUUUCUAAGGAAAAAUCAUCUUUCAGUAAUCAAUCCAAUUCUACUGACUUAUUCCGUGUUCGACUGACAAGUCGAGAUUAUUUUCAACGGAUCUGUUCUAUCAAAUCGUCAAGACGAAGCUCAAAAUGCCAUUAGGCAAUCACGCUGUCCUUACACCCCUGGAGGACAUGUCAGCUGGUCGAGGGCAAGCAGGUGGGGGGCCUCCUCCGAAUUGUCAGAAAGUUUUUAUACAACGUGACUACAGUGAAGGCACUAUGGUUAAGUUUCAAACACAGUUCCCAGCAGGAUUAGAAACCAGACUGGAUAGACAGACGUUCGAAUACACGAUCAAUCAAUUGAACAACUACUUCAAAGAAGCAGAAGAAGCCACUUGCUCUACAUACUGUGAAGGUUGCCUGGCCUGUCUCACUGGUUACCUGAUUUAUAUAUGUACAGAGACCCAUUAUGAAAAGUGCUUACGUAAAGUGGCAAAGUUUGUUAGUGAACAAAAUGACAGAGUCUAUAAGCCACGUGGGCUGCUGUUAACAGAUCCAACAAUGCGUGGUCUUAGGCUAAUAGAAAUAUCAGUACUGGACAGACCUGCGUCGUGACUGCACAUUAGCCGAUCCAGGGAAUUCUUUAUGUGAUCCAAGCACUUCUGCCAAUUUGUCAGGAUUGCAAACCCUAUACGAGCCGAUGCGUGUCUCUGGACCUAAUUAUAUCGAGCACCGACGUUCUUUGAUUUAGUUUGUCAAUUGUACAGAGAUGCAGAGGUAACACAAAAUGAUUUACAUUUUCAACGAAUUCUUUUGUAAACAUACCGCUGUAAAUAUGUCGAACGAAAAUUGACUUGUUCCGCAUCAUCAAUGUAUAGGAAUGAAUUCUCUUGUUAGGAAAAAAAACAAACUUUGUAUUCCACUAAUGUGGAUUCAUUAGUGGAGUCUGCUAGUUUUAUGACACUUCGUAAGACUUACCAUUUUGAAAUUGCAAGUUCAAACACAUUCACACAGGGUUUAUCUCUAAACAAGGGUACGCUUAUUGUUGAUUUGCAUGUAUGUUUUUGAUCAAUUGGAAUUAUUGUAUCCUGUGUCUAUAUCCCAAGGCCACGGCGUUACAUAAGUUGAAUUUUAUAUGCAUACAAUAACGUACCAAUGUAAACGAAAGGAUUAUGCAAAGAAACAAGGCGUUGUAUGUGUGUGUGUAUGUGUUAGCAUAGAGCCUACACGUUUUCCUUGUUACACGCGUGAGAUGCGACAAUUAUUCACAAAUUUCGUACGCAUCGUUUCUUUCCAUGUCAGACGAGGUUUAAAGGGUGUUUGCUUUUUUUGUUUUUUUACUGUCCGUUUAAAGACUUUAUGAACAUCUGCAUUUAACAGACGACGCGAGAAACAAAUCUACAUUCCAUACUGUUCUCGAACGGACUUGGUCGUAGAUUUGAUUCGAUAUCUCCGUCAAGUACUGAAAAUGAUUUUAUUUUUGGUGUUGAUAAGUUUAAUGCUUCGCAUAUACAUAUACACAUCUAUUAUUAAGUGAUUUUUAAUUAUCUUCCAUGAUGUAUCUUCCACGAUGCUUAUGUUCGUGAUUUCACUGGAUGAGAAACGAUUUUCCUUUUUUUGUUUUCCAAGAAGAAUAACACGUACGAGCCAGGGAUUCACUUGCCGUGGAUGACACACAUCGUCAAGAGUACACAGAAGAAAAGAACAAUCAAGAAUUCGAUCGAAAUUGUCGGCACAAUGUAUUUGCGCUAAAAGAAAUCCGUUGGAUUGGCUAAGAGAAAUUGUACAAAAUUACCCCGACAGAGGUGAAUUAUUAGCGAAUUAUAUUCUAUACGAGAAAAAUCGGAUGAAUAUAUCACGUGUGUGAGCAUUGUGAUCAAGGAUAAUAUAACUACGAUCUUCUCGCGUCACGCGAGUUGCGGUGCCGCGUCUACAUGUAUAUACAUAUAUAUAUAUUAUAUAUAUUAAUACAGUUGUAUGCAUGAUCUUUUUAUUUUAUAUUUUUGUACAACAUAUUGUCGAGACUAUGCGAGCGACUCGUUUGAAAUAUCUUUGCAUCCUUCGUGUCUCGAGAUACGGUCUAUUUUUCAAUAUUUUUCGAUUUCAUUCGUUCCGAGGAACAUUGAUCUCAAGCGAAGUGCAAUGCAACGCUUAUUACCGAUCAUUUCAUUUGUCGCGUACGAUCACUUGUAAUGAUGCAUUUUCUAGAUAAGGGAAGUUUAAGAAAAAUAUGUAAAGACUAAAUUACAUUGGUAGUAUAUUGGCGCUAGUACCAUGGUGCUAUAGCCUGGUUUAUAUGGGUGUAGUAAAUGAUGUUUUCCUACUAGAGCUAGUAUAUUCUAUCAGUGUAACCUAGGUCUAAGUCUGUGGCCUCCUAUUUUCGUUCAUAAAGAAUAUAAACGUUAGGAGUCUUUCUUCCCUUGCGUUUCUUCUUAUUAAGGGUAAGGUAUCAUUGCUUGUGUCUGUACGAUACAAUGAAACGUUUCGUAAAAAGGACCUCUGUCCAGGUAUAUAUACUUACCUUAUCGCGUGCUGCCUCCCGAACAGAGGAGGAUUAAUUUUUUUCUACUGCGCCAGAAAGUAUUCGGUCUCGUCCUUGGUCACAAUGAGCGCGGAGCCUGUUCCGACGUAAUUAUGCAACAAGGUGAAAGAAUCUUACCAAAUAGCCGCGCCACUGCCUCGACAUUUAACUUCUCCUGAAGGUACAUAACCGAGAUAGGAGAUAGAGAAAAUCUAAUAGGAAUGAGACGAGCUUGUUGCGUAAGGAUAUUAUUAAAAUGAACGUGUUCGUCUCGGAUCAUUUGUCGAACAGUGUUCGCAGUGUUACGAGUUACAGGCUCCGCUCCUAUGCAAUCAGAUUAUUGCAUAAUUAUGUAAAUAGCGAAAAUGAAUCGUCGACACGUGGAAUAUCAGAGGAAGAGAGAGAAAAAAAAUGAAGAAAAAAGCCGUUUGUUAUACUUAAUUUAAUCGUAGGACCAAAACGUUUGAUGAUUCGUUACCGUGUAAAGGACACCAUCGUUCGAGUGUAAUUUCUAAAUGUUUUUAAUAAUAAAAGCAGCGUGAAACUUA